ACGUCAAUGACAGUAGUGAUUCAACAUCCGGAAAGAGAAGACUCACUGCGUCAGCUGUCAAACAGGAAGGACGAAGUGGUUCAGUUCGGAACAAAACCCGUCGGCGGAAAAUGACAGAGGAUCGAACGGGCUGAGAAAGAAACCGAAGAGGGAAAAGAAUUCGCGGAGUUUAUUCCCGGGGGGAAAAAGGGAAGAAAAUAUGGCUCCUCUCGCUCUGGUGAAGGUGGCCAUUCUCAUCUGUCUGUCCCGGAAGGUAGCAGCUCAUUAUUGUGAGUGGAAUCUCUGCGGAGGUGAGCAGUAUUGUUGCGGAGAUAAUCUUUGCUGUGAUUAUGUGUAUGGUUUGUGGUACUUUUGGGUCGGCGUUCUGUUCUUAGUGCUGCUUCUCUCUGCGUGCGGCGGAUUGUUCCGUUACUACUACAGACGCUGGACAGCUGAAGGGGGCGGCCCUCCAUAUGUACCUUUCCCAGCUUACUCCUCUCUUCCGACGCAUAUCUCCAGCCAGGAUCCCCUCUUUCAGGUCACUGAGGACGGAGUGAAGCCUGACUUGUGAAUUUUCUCGCAACCGAUGUGGUCUUCCUGUGUGAUCUCAUGAGUACCUUAAUUCACUGGAGUUAAGGCAAGACGGCAUUAAAUGAUAAAAACAGGUGUACUGAACAAACCACUGUAUGAAAAGCCACUGUAGGCGUCUGAUUGGAACCUUUUUGUUUGUCUCAGUGAAGUUCUAAGAGUUUGAUGUGUAUUUUAAGGUAUAUCAGUUUGGAGAUUAUUUUUAUUUGGCAUUUGGUUGAAAAUUCUAUUUGAGUUCAUCUCUAGGUUGUUCGAGAAGUUCAAGCAUACACAUCCAAAGCACUUAUUCAUGGAAACCUGUGUAUAUUAAGGCAGACAUGAUAAUCAUAGUAUGUGUAUAUGUUGGAAGUUGCUUAUGAUAUUUCAAAUGUAGGAUGUGUCAUAUAUUUUAAGUCUGCAUUUUGUAUGCUUUGAAAUUACUAUGUACCUAAGGUAAAUGCAUAUGAUAAAUUUUUUUUUUGCUUUCAGCCACGGCUCAGUUCUUAAAAUUUGCGUAAGUAGCGUAUGUUUGGUUGUGUGUAAGGGAUAGUGUGUUUUUAUUUCUGAGGAAAGAUGAUGAGAUUGACUCUUUAAUUUAUUCAGCUGCUUUUAGAGUUUUAUCAAGGUUAUAUCUUGGCCAUUUACUGAAAUAUAAUUUUAAGAUUGUCUGUAAAUUGCAGUUCAUCUCACCGAUUAUAUUAUUGUAUGUUGAGGCCAUCAUCUUGCAGUGCUUUUAAUGUCAAGAUCCAUUUCAGAUGUCUAAAGAAACAUUGUACUUUAUAGCUUACCAUUGUAACUUAUACUGUGUUGUAGCUACAACACACUCCGAACAGUACCCGAGAACUAUCGCUAACUAAUAAUAGUCAGCGAUCUUUCACUCUACGUGGAUAUAGCAGAAACCUCGAUUGAUGGUCGUGUUCAAAUCGCUCACAAAACUGUCGCGUACAUGGACUUUUCCGAAGGUCGCAUCCACUAUCAAAAUCAGUCUUUUCCCCACUUACAAAAAAUCUUGGUUUGUAAGUUUGCGCAAGGCAAGAAGCUGCAAAGUGAGGUCCUAUAGCCGGGAUACAGUAUACUGAAUAGUUAUCCAACUAAGGUAUGAGGUAGAGUCGCAGAUUGUAGAGAAGUUUCAGGGUUGAUUAUAGUGUCUUUUGACCUGAUGGUGAACAUCCACAAACUUCUACCUUGCUGCUGAAUGGAUGACACAUUUGGAUUGUAACCUGUAGUAUAAGGUGAGCAGCAUUAGCUUCCUGGAGUCACAGUUACUUCUGGUGAUAUUGGUUGUAAAAAUUUACUGUUGGCUUAAGAAAACAGACCAUAGACAACUUUAUUUGUUUGCCAGGAAGUUCCCUAAUGCCCCACUUCUCACGUUACUUUGUGACAAAGGUCUACCAUUUUGUCUUUAAAAAGUGCCAAAACAUUCACUAUAUGUAACAUAGGCAUCAUGCUGAACAUUCUGACAAGGAAUUCAUCACUCUAUAAUGUUCGUCGAGUGAUUACAAAGAUACGACACAGUAGUCUUUGAAUAACACUUCAGCAGUGGUUGUGACUUAUUUUUCUUCUUGUCAGAAGUUUUCUGACUACUUGUGAGUCUAGGGUUUAAGGGUAAACGUGUUCUUUUGAGACUGCUGUUCUAUCAUUUUAUACAGUCUUUCCCCUUUAGUGAGUCUGUACGGAAUAUUCUUUCAGGAUAUAGGUGUAGAGGUUUCAGUGCAUUGACCAUUUCUAUAUCAGUGUGAGGGUUGUGUUUUUAUUUACAAGAAAGCUUUUAUUAUUCAUGUGUUCAGAAGUGAGAGUAUGGCUUCUUUUGUACAUCAUAAGUCAAGCAUUUAAUGUUGGAUUUGAUUUUUCUGUUGUAUUAAACUUAGCACUAUUUUUUGUAGUAUUUAAGGACAUUGUAUACAUAUAACUGCUUUUGGUUUCACUUAGGUGGGAACAUUCCACGUUUUUCAGUUGGGCUGGUUGCAUGCCUAGAUUUGUAACAAAUCUGUUGAUCAAAUUUUAGUCUUCUCCCUGUAGGGGGUUAGUGCCGUCAGCGUACCUCAGGCGGUACAAUGGAGGCAUUACUUAAGGUUCUUUGCAGCGUGCCUUCGGCCCCUAGCUGCUACCCCUUAGUUCUAUUACUGUACCUCCGUUCAUAUUCUCUUUCCUCCAUCUUAACUCUCCACCCUCUCCUGAACUAUUGUAUCAACAUUAUUUUCAGUGCUGAAAGACCUCAUAGGUCCCAGCACUUGGCCUUUGGCCUCAAUUUUAUAUUCCAGUUUAUAGUAACAUUCUGUUGACAAAACUUAUGUCGCAUUGAUCGCGAAUAAUCAUCCAGAGUAUAGCUAUCAUUUAAUCUAACCACUUAUUUACGCUAGGACAAAAACUGUGAAUAUGACAGAUGCAUAUUUGAUAGCAUAAAUAAUAUAGACAGUGUCUGGUAAACAUAUAUCAGUCUAGUAAGGCAGUUUGUAUAAAAUAGGAAACUGGUGUUACAUUAGUUACGAUUAAGUGUACAGUAGAACAAAAGUACGAACGAUAGCGAAGUAACUGAGCGGUAUUAGAGUUGCAUAAUUGGUGUUUGUAACCUGCUAUGAAUUACCUCCUGUUACUCUGAAAUAGCAAAGAAAAAUACAGUGUAGACACAGUCUUCCUUCUAACUUCAGUCGUAGACAAUCUAUUCAUUUCAAGACCUGCACACUUCACAAUGCAAUGAUGAUUGUUGUUGUUUUUAUGCAUUUUAGUUAUUUGUUUUUAAGUUUGUUGAUUAUGAUAGGGAUGUGCAAUGGGACAGUUUUGUUUUUUUCAUGUUGAGGGUAGUGUUACAAUGGACCUAUUUCUACUUUUCGUUACUUUAAAACAGGCAAAAAUAUUGUAGCUUCUUUUCGCUUUAAUUUGGGUAUUUGGAGAAGUCCAGCCAGAUAAUGAAGUUUACUGAAGAUCUUUUUACAUUUUGGAGUCAUUUGCUAAGAGUUCUUAUGUUUUUUCUUUCCAAGUUUUAAUGAAAUCGACCAUUAAUCUUUAUCAGUCCUUAUAUUUAUUGCAUACUUAGUCCCUUGCAAAUCAGAUGGCCCAGUGUCUAAAUAAUUAUAAGGAGGGCCUAAGAUUUUAUUUCAUUUUUGUGUUUCAUUUAGCCUUUCAGAAUUUAUUACAGCUGUACUUUUGAUGUUAAAUGAAUUCUAAUUUGGAAGCGUUACUUUAUUUUCUUAUCUUGGUUUAAGUUCUUGAAGUUUUCUUGUUACUGUUAUCAUUAGUGUUUCAUUCACGACGAAUGCUGGUUCUUUAAAGGCGUUCUUUACAAAUCUGGGGACUACAGUAUUGUAGUUGCAUAACUUUUAGGCAUUAUUUUCCAGAGUUUACUGUUCUGAAAUCAGUACUUGAGCUGGUCCACAUUGCCUGAACAAAUUUAAAAUUAGGGGUAUUCUGUAGAAUUACAAACAAAUAGGCAUAAGAUUCCAAAUAUUCUUUGGUAUGUACUUGCAAACAUUCUAAUUAUAUACGACAUUCACGAGGUUCUGUGUUAAAAAGAAAAAAGUCUGUGAUACUGAUUUUAAGUUCAGUUUGUAAGAGGAAAUUGUAAGGUUGCGUUAGAAUUUUAAAGACACGAUGGUGUGUGUGAGUAUGGAGUAGUUUCGUUUCUUUUAAAAUCUGAGUUGCAUCUGAGUGACUCAAAGCAAGUAAAACUUGGAAGUUUUAUUUUAGAGGCUACUCUCGAUGUUAGUUUAUAUACCAUAGAACUUAUUGUCCUUGAAGUAAUCACAGAGAGUGUAUCAUUUCGUUAUUGGCAGCUUGAUGCAAAUUGACAGUUAUUUAGUGAUUUGUAGUGUCUUCUUUUGGUAACAUCAUUUUGAUCAACGUGUUGACACAAAACAGUCGCCCGUUAGUCCCUGUCCACAUGGUCGAGCGUUUUGCUUGGCAAACUUUGUUCGAUGUCAGAAGUGGAAAAACAGCGGGAAAAGUCAGAACAUUGCUGCUGUUUCUCCACUUCUGACGUCACAUCGAAUGUUCAUUGGGCCUUUAGCAGUGCAAUAACACGCAUACUUGCCAGUGGCGCAUAGGCCUUCUUUGUCAUUAUAAUUUCAUAUAAGCCUAUGGUGUCAAGGCCAUUAAAGUCCAUAAGUUUCAGAUAUUGGAUCUCAUGGUUUAUGACAAAAAAGUAUAACAGGCCUUGCAAAUCAUUUAAAAAAAAUAGUGACAUAAGAAAAAAACAGUAUUGUCAUUUUAUUUCACGAGAGAAUUUGUGACGCAGGUUUUUUUUAGGCUUGGGUUGUUCCUCCAUAAUCUCAUUAUACUAUAUAUUCCAUAUUUUUUAUAAGAUCACGAUUUCCAAAAUGCAAAAAUAUAAAUGUUUACAGUGCAUGUAUAUAUAAUUUUAUAAAUAUAAAUAUAUAUAUUGCAAUCUGUUGGCUCAAAAUUAUAAAUGGAAGUUUUAAUAAACAUUUAUAAUAUAUACA